GAAGUUACUCUUACCCAAAACAUCCCUGUUCCUAUAAAACGCGUUGACGUACAGGGUUAGACGUAAAUACACAACGUAACUGCAGCCGGUGAACAUGAAGUUGGUUCUCCUGACCGUUUUGUUAGCUAUUUUGCAUCACAAAUGUGUUUCACAGCUGGAUUUUAAUUUCGGCACAACAAAUAACGGUUGUCUGUGUAGUCCUGAAAUGACGUUGAACUGCCCUUUGUUGCCACGCCGUGGCUGUGAACCUGUUCGACGUCCGUGUGGUUGCUGCCCAGAGUGUGCGGCAAGAAGAGGUGCUAUCUGUAACAGUUUUACUGCUCCGUGUGGAAAAAGUUUAUUGUGUGUUCACAACAACGGAACUGUUGCUAAGAAAAACAUUCGAUGGAACGAGUUUGAUUUCGUUGGAACGUGUAGGAGACUAUGUUGAUACAGGAAAGUCGACGGAUGCAAGGAGUCAGGAGACAAGAACUACCCUCGGUCCGCCGUACCUUGUUUUAUGAUUAUUCGCCAUGUUUUGUUCUUCAUUUUACGUACGCAUCUUUAAGCACACAUGCUGGUUAAGUUUUGUAUUAAAGCACUUUCAACAUGC